GAAUCCCUUUGAAUUCGUAUUUUUGUGUCAUUUAGGUAAAUAGCUAGUAGUGAAAUUGCUAAAUCAUAGGGUCAUUGGGCGCUUUUUAUAAGCCGGGCCCAGGAGGUGUUUUUUGGUAUAUUUUUUCUCAUUUGAUUCUCACAUAUUAUUAUUAAUCUCCUGUGAGGGAUGUUGAAUUAUCUCCAUAUGUGGAAACCAGGACGCAGAGAGGUCCCCCAACCAUGAAAGGAUGAACACAGGUUUGAACCCAGCUCUGCCCCUACCCUCCUCCUCCUCAGCAGCCACACUGCCUCAGCUCCGGACGCUUACGAUCCCCUUGGGGGGGGGGGGUGUGACACAGAAGAGCCCAUAAUACAAUUCCUAAUUGAUAUGUUCACUCUCCUCUUCUUUAGAAACAUUUCCCUGAGCUGAGCGGGCACACUUCUCACAACAGCCGCGGUUGUGAGGUCCCUGGCGGCUGGGGGAUCCCAAGGCCGCGAGGAACAAGAACCGGUCACCUCUGGCCCCAAGUAUGAAGUCCCAGGGUUAGUGCCCGUGGGAGGUGCCCAUGCUGGGCUCAGGAGGAGCCGGGGUGCCGAGGCCUGCUGCCCCGCCCAUGGGCGCCACGGAAGAAGGCCGGGGUCCCCGGAGUUCUGCGGCGCCACGGCUGGACCGGAGAGGGAACUGCUGAGCCUCUGCCAGGAGCCACACUAAGGCCACAGCAAUGACUCCUGUCAGGGAGAUCUCGGAGGCCACCCCAGAGGGCGAAGAGGAGCCCUAACCCAUCCUGGUACCCCGGGGCUGCUGCUGGCGAUGUGACUCGUCCCUGUGGUCGGGACCGCGCAGAGCCCAGGCAGGGGCGAUUCGGGGAGGGUCUGCCUCUGGGUGCAGCUCCACGCAGCACCAUGAACAAUAACUUCUGUCGGGCCCUGGUGGACCGGCGUCCCCUGGCGUCCCCCAGCUGCAUGCAGCUGGGCGUCGUGCCGGCUCCGCGCCGGGCGCCCUUGCCCCCCGCCGAGCCCCUGGGCAACGUGCCCUUGCUGCUGUACCCGGGCCCGGCCGAGCCGCAGUACUACGAUGCCUACGCGGGCGUGUUCCCCUACGUGCCCUUCCCCGGUGCCUUCGGGGUGUACGACUACCCCUUCGAGCCCGCCUUCAUCCAGAAGCGCAACGAGCGCGAGCGGCAGCGGGUCAAGUGCGUCAACGAGGGCUACGCGCGCCUCCGCGGCCACCUCCCGGGCGCGCUGGCCGAGAAGCGGCUCAGCAAGGUGGAGACCCUGCGCGCCGCCAUCCGCUACAUCAAGUACCUGCAGGAGCUGCUGAGCGCGGCCCCCGACGGCGCGCCGCCCGCCGCCUCCCCGCCCGACUGCCGCGGCGACGGCGAGGCCCGGGCGCCCGCCUCCCUGGUGCCCGAGUCGUCCGAGUCCUCCUGCUUCUCCUCCUCGCCGUUCUUUGAGUCGGAAGAAUCCAGCCACUGAUCGGGACCGGGGCUGGUGGUGGUGGUGGUGGUGGGGGGACCCGCCAGGGCCGUCCCACUCCCGACAGCAGCCCGGGGACUGACGGGUCACCCGGGGCGCGGCGCAGGCCCCAGGCGUUUGCGGGUCCGCGGCGCUCGGGUGUCUGCGACGCCGUCCCUCCGCCACCGCCACCGCCACCACCGACCUCAUUCCUUCCAGCUUGGGGCAGAGGUGCAGGGAGUGGGGGAGAGAGGGGCACCACAAAGACGGGAGGAGCCCCGUCGGUGCAGUGAGGGCGCAGGGGCCUGGGGAAGUUCGGGGUGCGCGCCGCGCCCGCUCCAGGCCGCAGGAGGGUAACCCAGCGCGGCCAUCCCUUGGGUCGGCCUCCCGCUCGGCUUCAGCCCCGCGCUGCGGAAAGUCAGAGCUCAGCUCCCGGUUGUGCACUACCCGCUGUGGGGGCCCUCUCCGACCUCGACCUCCGUCGCCAUGGGUGCAGCCCUGUGUCUGCGACUCCCCAGGAGGCCGGCCGGUCUUUGGUUGGGAUGAGCCAUGCCCUUGCUGCCCACGAGAUGGCUUCAAAUCCUAGCGUCCACUUCGGGAGCUUGCUUGCCACCCCGCCUCCCACCCGACCCCACCCACCCCGGAAGGAAGCCAGAUGCAGAGACAGGAGGCCAGACUGCUGCUUACACUCCGCCCAGAUCAGACUUGAGCAGAGGCCGUGUGCGUGCCUUGGUGGCGCACUCUGGCUUCCUCCAUGGAGGGCGGUUACCCACCCCCACCCCGACCCCCCAGUGUGGCCUUUUCAUCCUUUUCCCCCCAGGUUGCUUGAGGACUGCGUUUUUCCCCCUCAGACUGUAUCCCUCUGUGGGCAAUGGGACCAUAUGGCGCUGUGUUUGUACCAAGAAGCUAAAUAAAAGAUGUGUCGAGUU